AUGGCUGAGGAUUCCGAGCUUUGGGAUGUGAUUUGUGAUGGUCCCUUUGUCCCUAUGAAGGCUAUUGAAGAGGGAACAAGGAUUAACUUCAAGGCGAAGAAGAUUCUUGUGUGUGGUAUUGGACCAGACGAGUAUAAUCGUAUCUCAGCAUGUGAAUCUGCCAAGGAAAUCUGGGAAGAUCUUCAAACGGCUCACGAGGGAACUACUCAGGUAAAGCAGUCCAAAACAGAUAUGCUUACAACUGAGUAUGAACUCUUUAAAAUGGAAGAGCAUGAGCUCAUUCAAGAGAUGCAUACCCGUUUCACCUCCAUAAUCAAUGAGCUUCAUUCACUUGGUGAAAUCAUUCCAACCAACAAGCUGGUCCGGAAGAUACUCAGUGUUCUACCAGGUUCCUGGGAGAGCAAGGUUAAUGCUAUCACUGAAGCCAAAGACCUGCAGAAGCUGACUAUUGACGAGCUUAUUGGAAAUCUCAAAACAUAUGAGAUGAAGAGAAAGAAGGAUCUUGAAAGAAGAGAGACCAAUGAGGAGAGGAACCUGGUUCUCAAAGCUGCCUUCACUGACUCAAGUAGUGAUGAAUCUGAAAUGACGUAUCUCUCUCGAAGAUUCAAAAGAUGGUUCGUAAAAAUGGAUCAUUACAAAACUAACACUGAUAAGGCAGCUAAGAUGAACCCGGUCCCUGACGGGAAAUUCAAAAGAAGAGAUGUUGCUAACAACAUGGUGAAGCAAGCUUUGGCUGACUGGGGAGAUUCCUCCAGUGAAUCUGAAGGUGAGGAUGACCAAGGAGAUGCAUCUAUGAUGGUUGUUGAUAAUGAAUAUGAAUCAAUCUUUGCACUCAUGGAUCAAUCUCAUAAUGACAAGGACAAGGAGGAAGAUGAGGCAUGUUUUCUUGAUGUUCAAAGAAAUUUAAAAACCUACUCUAAGAAAACAUUAAUGUCCUUAGCAAAUGUGUUGAUUGAUGCCCACCAUAGCCUCAUUAAUGAGAAAAAUUCUUUAAUUGAAGAAAUUGAUGACAUAGAACAAGAAAGGGAUAAUAUGGUAGUUUCUAUUUUAGAUUUGAAGGAACAAGUGGAAGAAGUAACUAGAGAAAAUCACUUAUUAAAGACAAACGAAAAAUGGAUGGACAACACUAAGGGUAAAGAAGUGGCUAGUAAGGCUCAGCAUGAGCUUGAGAGUGGGCUUAAGAAAGUUAAAACAAGUCUUGUUGUUGAGCUUGAAAAGAAUAGACAACUUCAGAAAGAACUAGGAAGAGAGGUCUCUUCUUCCCAAUCACGUGAGGUUUCUCCUUCUCAGCUACUGUCUCAACUAUUGGUUCCGCUGCUGUCUCAAUUACUGGCUCAACUACUGUCUCAGUCUCGUGCUGCAUAUUCGUUUCUUCAGGAGCAGGCUGAACUGUAA